AUGGUUGCUGGGAUCAAAUCAGUGGCGGUCAUCGGCGCCGGCCCAGCAGGCGCGAUCACCAUUGAUGCACUUGCCGAAGAGAAGCAUUUCGAUGUGAUCCGAGUCUUUGAAAGACGAGAAAAGGCAGGUGGAAUAUGGAUCAGCGAUGCUAAUGAAAGCCCAAAAUUAUCGUCCGUUCGUGCUCUGGUCGAUCAGAAAGCCGACCAGCCAGUUUCGAUCCCCUCCAAAUUGCCUGCUCUCACGUCUCAGAAGCCGGCGCUAAAUGGCAAAGAACACCGGUACUCGUACACUCCAGUGUACCCAGGGAUGCUCAGCAACAUCGAUGAGAGGAUAAUGGCAUAUACCAAGGAACCGUUUCCAAUCCCUCGCGAUCCCAUAACCAACGAGCCCAUCCCAGGAAAAGCCCCUUUCCGCAACAGCGAAGUCAUUCGUGAAUGGAUUGAGAGCUUGUUCGACCGAAAAGGGUACCGUCACAAGGUCGAGUACAAUACAACAGUUGAGAAAGCAAUAAAGGAAGGAUCCAAAUGGGUACUGACCUUGCGGCAAUCGCUUCCUGGCGGAGAACACAACUAUUGGUGGCAGGAAAAGUUCGACGCAGUAGUGGUAGCUAGUGGUCAUUACAGCAUCCCGCGCUUUUCCCCGGUACCCGGCCUUGCGGAGUUUGCACAGAAUCAUCCGGAUGUCGUGGAACACAGCAAGACCUACCGCGGGCCCGAAAGAUAUCGUGGCAAGACAGUGAUUACAAUCGGUGCUUCUGUCUCGGCAACUGAUAUUGCAAGAGCUAUUGUGAAAGUUGCAAAGACUCCAUUAUACGCAUCGAUCCGAGAGCCUCAUCGCGUAUAUGGCACAGUACCAUUCGAACAUCCGCAAAUGGCGCUCAAGCCCACGAUAUCCCAUGUGUCCACAUCGCCGCACAGCCGAACGGUGUUCUUCUCGGACGGAAGCAAAGUCGACAAUGUUGACCAUAUCAUCUUUGGGACAGGCUAUGAUUUCAGUUUGCCUUUCCUCCCUUCGGUGAAAGUGGAGAAUCGCAGGAUCCAGGGGAUAUAUCAGCAUAUAUUCAUGCAGGAUGACCCAACUCUAGCUUUCGUUGGAGCGGUAUCCGCUGGUUUCACUUUCCUCGUAUUCGAGUGGCAAGCAGUCGCUGUGGCAAGGUUCAUGGCUGGGCGGAUCAGCCUCCCCUCGAAAGACGUGCAGAAGAAGUGGGAGACAGAUCGACUUGCUGCACGUGGCGACGGACAACCGUUUUUCAAAAUUGCCCCAGACUUUGAAGAUUACUUUGAAGGUCUUCGGAAACUGGCCGGAGAUUCGAGUCCGGAAGCCCCGGGAAGACGACUCAUCAAGUGGGAUUCGGCUUGGUUGGGUGUUGCCGAGCAGACCAUGCAGGACAGGAUUGCGAAAUGGCAACAAGUCGCCCAGGAAACCGAAGAGCAACUGCCAAGUCAAGACAACCGUCAAAGUCGCUCGAGAAAACGAGGAGACGCGCAGCUGGCUCGUCUUUGA